ACGCUCCAAGACCCACCGCAAAUCACAAGCUUCGCUCAUGAAGACUUGGUGAGGUACGAGGAAGCAGUGGAGAAUCGCUGCGCAGAGACCGGAGAAUCGGUUGCAUCUGUCAGACGCCCCGUGUUGAAGUCUAUCAACAAGAGGCUGCUGAAGUUCUUGGCGGAGUUCGAGCUGCGUAUUCCAGUGGAGAAUAUGACUGAGGAGAAACUGGUGAGCGCGAUUGAAAACAUCAUCGGCAGCGUGACUAACGACACGAUUCCUGAUGUGAUGGGGAUCAUGGCGUCCAACCUGAAGAUGGAUCUGAGUCAGAAGGACGUGAAGGCUAGGAUCCUGGGGUACUUCGACUGUAUGGAAGAGGUGAUUGAGAUGCAUGGUCUUGCUGGGUGCCCGAAGGAUAACGUGAAGCUGAAGUGUAAAGUGAUUGUGGAGAAUCUAAGACCGGCUACACUGAAGGAGCAAGUGAGGCGUGCACUCGAGUGUGAUCCCAGCUUGAAGUCUGAUCUUCACCGUCUUUUUGAUCUCGUCUAG